AAAACGUGCUUGAUUGGUGUUUGUUUGAAUAAAAUUUGGGAAAAUGUUGCGAAUCAGUAAGGAAACGUUCGACGAAAUUCAGGCGUUCCGUGAACAUGGAAUGGAUCCGGUGCAAGAGGGUAGACUGGUGAAAUCGAAGCUAACGAAUCUGCUAGUGUGGCAGCGUACCGUGAUGCCCGAUAUUGUCGCGGAGUUCUACCACUGCCAGGAAGUCCGUUCCUUCCCACCAUCAUCCGGUACUUCAACCAUGAUCGACGCGGCUGAGCUACAGAGAUUGGCCACUAUCUGGCAUUAUUUUUCCAGCAUGAAAACUGAGGAAGAGACGCCCUUUAUGAAGCAGCUUGGCCACGGUGUUUCGGGAUCCAGCCGUGAUUGCAACUUCCAAUCCGAACAAACGUUGCCACUCUACUCCACGCAAGCUAGUUGCGGCAUGCCGAUGUUCUGCCACUUCUGCCAUGAGUAUGGUCAUUCAACUGAUUGCUGUGCAAAUGCUGUUUCAGCAGAGAUGAUCGUGCUGUUUGCUGGACAGAGUCUGCAAGUGCAACGCGCCCUACUGUCGUUCUUGCAGUAAAAUGCUGCUGCUGAUGCUGCGCGCCACUUUUCCAUUACUUGACGAUUUAAAC